ACCUUUUAGGAAAACCCCACCAGAAGAAAACUCCAAAACAAAUUAAAAAUCCCACCUUUAGUAUAUUUUUCAAAAUAUUUCAACUUAAUUGAGUCUCAAAAUACAAUUUUUUUUAAAUUUUUUUUUCUUCAAGAAUUCACCUUUUAGGAAAACCACACAGGAAAAAACUCCAAAAACAGAUUAAAAAUCUCACCUUUUUUUGUUUGUUUGUAUUUUUCUGUUUUUACUUUAAAGUUUGUGAUAUUUAGUUAUUUUUCAUUUCUGGUUUUGUUUGUAUUUAUGUUAUUUUGUUGUGUUGAACUGUUAUAGGCAAGUAGAAUAGCUGCAUUUGGUAGAAUGAAAGUGGAUGAUUCAAGAAAGAUAUUCACACCUCAACAAUACCCUUCUUGGCUUGUUUUCUCAAAUCAACAAAAGUUGACGUGGCUUAAUUCUCAUCUUGAAAAGCUCUGGCCAUAUGUGGAUGAGGCAGCAUCAGAACUGGUAAGGUCAAGUGUGGAGCCAAUUUUGGAACAAUAUAGACCUGUGAUUUUGGCGUCGUUGAAAUUUUCAAAGUUCACUCUUGGUACAGUUGCUCCACAAUUCACAGUUUAGAUGAUGGCUGGCGUAAUAUGCCUCA